AUGGAUGCCUCUCUGGUUCAUAGAAAUAUUGAUGUCCCUCCGCCUCCGCAAUGGAUUGAACUGCCUUGGGAUGUAACGGCCGAUAUACUGCAGAGGCUGGGGUCGGAGGGGAUGCUCACAAGUGCGCAGCAAGUGUGUACCACCUGGUGGAAGGUCUGCAAGGAUCCCUCCUUGUGGCGAGUCAUCGAUUUCUCCGACAAAAAGCAAAGUCCUCACCUCAACAAGUAUACUGUUAUGUGCCGCUGCGCAGUGGAUCGUAGCCAGGGACAAUUGGUCGACCUCACCAUUCAGUAUUUCGGCGGUGACACACUCCUGGAGUACAUCACUGAGCGAUCAUCAAAUCUCAAACGCCUUAAACUUAGAACUUGCUUUAACAUAACAGGAGAUGUUGCAACUAGGAUGUUUUCAAAGCUGUACCAUCGGAAUCUGUAUGCUUUUGCAAUCAGCAAAAGCAUGCCUAAUUUGCAUCAUCUCCAACUCUUUGCACAUUGGAUUGGGAAUGAAGGACUGGAAGCCAUCCUUCGUGGUUGUCCACGCCUUGAAUCACUUGACAUCCGGCGAUGUUUUGAUCUCGAUCUUGAAGGGGAUUUGGGGAAAAGAUGUCGUCAGAAAUUAAACAUCUUAAACUCCCCAAUUACUCUAUCAGUGAUAUACCGUGGCCUAAUUGCGAUGGCGGAGAUCCAUUUGAUCCUUCUGCCCCCAGAUUUGAAUUUUACGAAUACAACUAUCAUAAAGAUUAUGAUGUUUUGA